UUUUAUUGCGGCGGUUUGACACGCACGUCCUUCAUCUGACUUUGAAAAUUUUCUCGCCCGAGUUUUCGCCCAUAGAAAGUGCUCAAAAUUUCUCAGCCAGCACAGUCGAUUCCUCGCUAGCAAGCCGAAAGAUAAACAAAGAAGUUAACCAUGUCGAAGAUCGGAAUUAACGGAUUCGGACGCAUCGGUCGUCUGGUGCUGCGCGCCGCCAUCGAGAAGGGUGCCUCCGUGGUGGCCGUCAACGAUCCCUUCAUCGACGUCAACUACAUGGUCUACCUGUUCAAGUUCGACUCGACCCAUGGACGUUUUAAGGGCACCGUGGCCGCCGAGGGCGGCUUCCUGGUCGUCAACGGCCAGAAGAUCACCGUUUUCAGCGAGCGCGACCCGGCCAACAUCAACUGGGCCAGCGCUGGUGCCGAGUAUGUGGUCGAGUCCACUGGCGUCUUCACCACCAUCGACAAGGCGUCCACCCACUUGAAGGGCGGUGCCAAGAAGGUCAUCAUCUCGGCCCCAUCCGCCGAUGCCCCCAUGUUCGUGUGCGGCGUCAACCUGGAUGCCUACAAGCCCGACAUGAAGGUGGUCUCCAACGCCUCGUGCACCACCAAUUGCCUGGCUCCCCUGGCCAAGGUGAUCAACGACAACUUCGAGAUCGUUGAGGGUCUGAUGACCACCGUUCACGCCACCACGGCCACCCAGAAGACCGUCGACGGACCCUCGGGCAAGUUGUGGCGUGAUGGACGUGGCGCUGCCCAGAACAUCAUUCCAGCCUCCACCGGAGCUGCCAAGGCCGUUGGCAAGGUUAUCCCAGCCCUCAACGGCAAGCUCACCGGCAUGGCAUUCCGCGUUCCCACGCCCAAUGUGUCCGUUGUCGAUUUGACCGUGCGCCUGGGCAAGGGCGCCUCCUACGAUGAGAUCAAGGCCAAGGUUCAGGAGGCCGCCAACGGACCCCUGAAGGGCAUCCUCGGCUACACCGAUGAGGAGGUGGUCUCCACCGACUUCCUCAGCGACACCCACUCGUCGGUGUUCGAUGCCAAGGCUGGCAUUUCGCUGAACGACAAGUUCGUGAAGCUGAUCUCUUGGUACGACAACGAGUUCGGUUACUCCAACCGCGUCAUCGAUCUGAUCAAGUACAUGCAGAGCAAGGAUUAAGCACGGAAUCCAGAGUAAUACCCAUCCGCACAAUUUGAAAGUUAAAGUUAGAGGAGGCGGUAGAAUGGGGUGAGACACAUCAGAAAUGGAUCAGUAAUGGAUCACAUAAUAUUAAUAUUGCUCCCCGGCGGAGCAUCAUGUAUGCGCUAUGAAAUAUGCUUCUGUUUUCGCUCUUCAAUUUACCAGCCACAAAACAAAAAAACACAUUGGAAAAGUUUAAAUACAUACAUCCAUAUACACAUAAAUAUGUUUACUGUUGUUGAAUAAAGUUUCACUCUGUGUGUAGUUGUAAAAAAAGA